AUGACCCGUAUCAGCGAAUGGCGCAGGCUUCCCGUCUCCCUGAGCGAACUAUGCCUCGCGACUACCCUUCGCUGUGGUCAGUCCUUUCGCUGGCGUCAAUGCGACGACCAGACUUGGGCAUGUACACUACGUGGUCGCAUUGUACAACUGUCUCAGCCCGACAAAUCGCAUAUCGAGUACCGCUCGAUAUGGCCUGCAGCUGCGGCCUCUGAAGGGCCUCUGACGCCUCCUUCGUCCAUUCCACCGACCACAGUCUCAGACGAGAGCUGCAACAGUGGAAUCGAAAAUGACGACACCAGAACCCUGAUCCAACACUAUCUUAACUUAGAACCGAAUCUCGAAACCCUCUAUGCCCAAUGGUCGGCGUCGGAUGCCAAUUUCGGCAGGAAGGCGCCCAAGUUUACUGGUGUGAGGAUCCUGCGGCAAGACGCCUGGGAAGCGUUGAUCGGAUUCAUUUGCAGCAGUAACAACAACAUCAUACGGAUAUCGCAGAUGGUGGACAAGCUGUGCAUGCACUACGGGACAUACAUUGGCACGCUGGACGGUCGCCCGUACCAUGACUUUCCAGAGCCGUCAGCGUUGACGGGCAAGAAUGUCGAGAGCAAUCUGAGAGAACUAGGGUUCGGCUACCGCGCAAAGUACAUAUAUCAGACCGCGAAAAUUAUUGCCGACGAUCGAGAGGUUGGCUGGUUGGACACUCUUCGCAAUCCCGAGUCUCCUGCAUAUGGCACCACCAAACCCUCCCCCGCUGGCGAAAUGAAACCUGAAGGCCGCGACGGUUAUCGCCAAGCGCAUGAAAGUCUCCUAGGCUUACAAGGCGUGGGACCCAAAGUGGCGGAUUGUGUGUGUCUGAUGGGCCUGGGAUGGGGAGAAGCGGUACCAGUAGACACGCACGUAUGGCAAAUUGCGCAAAGAGACUACAAGUUGGGAAAAGGAAAGAAUACGAGUAUGACCAAGGGCACAUACGACGCGGUCGCCAAUCAUUUUCGCAAGAUCUGGGGGAAAGAGGCUGGGUGGGCGCACAGCGUGUUGUUCACGGCGGACUUGAGGACGUUCGCGGAGAGGUUGACAACAAAGAUGGAAGUGAGCGUCGAUAAAGGAGGGGGGAAGCAGAGGGAGAAUGAAAAUGUUGGACUAGUGAAGGUGGUUAGAAAGCAGACUGCGCAACGUGUAUCCCUCAAACGAAGGGCUGAGCAGGCAGAGCCAAAGACGGCGAUGAGGAUCGAAGAAGAGGUAACGACAAAUCUUAGCGAAAGGGUCAAACGGCGACGACGUAGAUGA